CCAAUAAAACUGAUUCAUGUUUGCAGCUGUAAUGUGACAAAAUGUGGAAAAGUUCAAGGGGGCCGAAUACUUUUGCAAGCCACUGUAUUUGUGAAAAUGUUGGCCUGUUCCUUUAUCAGUAGCUAACAGUCUCAUGUGUGUGAGAGCCAUGUAAUGUCCAUGUGUGCAUGCUGACUGCUCUGACCCCUCCUCCUUUCAGGGUGGAGCCUGCUGGAGUCCGAUGGUUGAGACCAGGUCUGAGGAAGUAUUCCUGUCAACUCACAAUCGACACAAACACAGUACACAGAAAUUUCAAACUAUCUGACAACAACAGGAUGGUGGCACGUGUGGAGGAGGUUCAGUCCUAUAGCAAUCAUCCAGAAAGAUUUGAUUACUGGCCUCAGCUGCUGUGUAGAAAUGGUCUGACUGGUCGCUGUUACUGGGAGGUCGAGUGGAGAGGAAGAGCUUAUAUAUCAGUGAGUUACAGAAGAAUCGGGAGGAAAGGAAACAGUGAUGACUGUGUGGAGGGACUGAUCAGUCCUGGAGUCUGUACUGCUCUGAUGAUGGUCCUCGUUCUGUCUGGCACGAUAACAGAGAAACAUCCAUCUCCUCCUCCUCCUCCUCCUCCUCCUCCUCCUCCUCUGUCUCUAACAGAGCAGCAGUGUAUGUGGACUGUCCUGCUGGCACUCUGUCCUUCUACAGAGUCUCCUCUGACACUCUGAUCCACCUCCACACCUUCAACACCACAUUCACUGAAGAUAUUUAUCCUGGAUUUUGGGUCUGUCCUGGUUCCUCAGUGUCCCUGUGCUGAGUGUAAAGAGUGUCUCCUGUUAGAGAAACACUCUGACUGAUGAACAGAUAGUUCAGUCUGUACAUGUCUGUCUCUUUCACUCACAAACACGUUUUCACAUU